CGAAACGGCAGCGUUUAUUUCUAAUCGCAGAAGCGGAUGAGGUAUGGCUUGUUUUUCCUCUACGCUUGGUAUUAUGGUGAAAGAUUUCUGGGCCAUGUUUGAUUCCUUAUCUUGGAAGCCAGCCAAAUUUACCACCACCCACCUGAAACCUCAAUUUGUGAGAGACACAUCAUCCCUAGAUCCCAGAGUGACUAAUCUUGAGUAUGCCCAGAUGGUGUUCUGGGUUGUGCGUUUCAAUCAAACCUUUAUUCAAGUUUCGAAAUUGAAGCAUCAUUCAGCAGUCAUCUCUUUGUUUAAACAAAUUAUUUUUUGUUGUUGUCUCGGUAUUGAGUUCGUUUGAUACUGUGAAAUUAUGAAAACAAUUUCGGGACAGGCAAUGUGUAAGGAAGUGGAGGGUAAUAUCAGUUCCGCAUCACACGGGGAGAAACUGAAAACGAACAGCACAGAAGUGGAUCCUGUUUCAGAUUAUAUUGAAAAAAAAUAGAGGCGUUGACGCAAAGAGUAGAGUCAAUUGUACCCAUGGUGAAAAAAUAUGUCGCAAAUAUUCACAUCGUGAAUGCAGAAGUUGUGCAAAGGGUAAUGAAGGAAGCCAUGAAGGGUUUCAAGGCAGAUUUGCAGGGAUCGUUUGACAGGGCAAGCCAUUGCCAUGUGAAGGGAAUGACGGAUAUAACCGAAGUUAGAUCAAACAUCGUCUACUUUUAUGGGCCCAAUGAUGACAAACUCAAGCGUAAAUUUGGUCAGAUGAGAGGUGACAAUGAGGGAGACAACAAUUUACCGGAUGAUUCUAUUUAUGAAACACCAUCCGACUGCUCGUAUAGUUCGGCCGCACCGGAAAAGCAGAGUGGAAGGGGGACAACAACCAUGAAUCAUGAAGUUGCUCCUCCCUCUUGUGUCUGUGCCUUGUACAAGAAAUUUGGAGAGGAGGAUAAUGGUCACAUGGAUGCCUCUACGGCUCAGAAAAUCCGGUUUGCACACUCGUCCUGCACCCUUCUCACAUUUGACACGUGGUGUAACAGACAGUCAGACAUUGUAUAUAAAGUACACAUUUGUUGAUAGGCCACCUACCAAGUCUGAUUCUAAUGAAGUGGUCUGUAUGUGUGAUGGGAUGUUUGCUACAAGGACUGACCUUCAAAGCUUUGGACCUAGAGGAUUACUAUGUGGCGUGGUAAGUUAGUACAGAAUUGAAACAGAAAACUAUGGCAUGCUGCAGCUGUUUUUCACACCAGUUUACUGCAUUUGAUACACACAAUAUGCUAUCAUGAUUUAUAUUUUUGCACCUCAUAUUAGACAAUUGACAGGUGAUAGACACUCAAAUGAACUUGAUGAAAAGUUCAUCUCUUAUUCCUUUGUUUAAACAAAUUAUUUUUUCGGGAAUCAAUCCCAGUGUUCUAGGAACUUUGCAUCAAAGCCUAGAGUGCCCCGGUAGCAAAGUUUAUCUCUUAUUCCUUUGGCAUUUGAAGGGCAGAAUUUCCUUUUGCACCAACAUAGUUGACAUCUAUGUUUGUCCUCAGAAGC